AUGGAUGGUAUACGCUGCAAAAUGGAUGAUAUACGUAAAUUGAAAAAUAAUAUAAACUCGCGAGAAGACUUAAGCAAUACAAACCCGCGAGAAGACUUAAUUAAUAGCAAAGUCGCACUUAAAACUUUAAAUGGUUUAUCUGAA